GCAGACAUGGAGAGACGAAAAAACAGCAGAGAUUUUCAGGAGCAUUUUGUUAGAAAUGAGCACUUAAAUCUGGAUCGUUUGAAGGAGGUAGCUCGAGCUCGUAGAUUGGAAAACCAGUACCUCUACAAAGAAAACAUCCCAGAGAGCCCCCACCCAGAGUUUAAUAUGGCGUAUCUGACACAUGAUACAAAUAAAUGGGCGUUACGUGGGAUCAGGAGGGAUGAAGGUUUCAGGGAUCCAUCUGAGGACCCCAACAAUCCUUUUAACGGCUCCCUGGUCUGGUGGAGUCUGGCCAUGGGACCAGAGGAGAUUCAGUCUGCUGAGACCAGGUUCCUGGAGAAGACCUUCCCAGAGAGGACGGAGGAGCAGGCCGCGGCACAGCAAAGCUUCCUGUCGAUGUUUACCACCUCCCCGGCCUUCGAGAAAACGUCCAGGCUGGGCUCAUACCGCUUCACCUUCCCUCUGGAGGAGGUCUUGGGGGCCUACCGUGAGCAGUUUUGCGGCGAUAAAGAGCCGAUCAUGCGGAUCUAUGAGACUGUCCUGUACAAACAGGAAGUGGUGCAUGUUGUGCUGGUCCACAGCCCAGACAAUCAGGACUUCACAAAUUAUCCUGAAGUGCCUAAUGACGACCCUAACGCCAUCUGCGUCUUCAAAGAUGGUACAUUCAUCUGGAGACCAGAGGCCAUGUCUGAGACUCACGGAUACAAGUUGGUCUACAGGCGUGAUGUUAACCAGGUGGAAGUGAAAGACGUGGAUUUCCCUGAGUUUUAUAUUUGGGAUCACGUCGCUGUCGCCCUCCAUUUGGAAGAGGGACAGGUGCUGAAGUUUGAUCUCGAAAAACUCAGAAAUAACAUCAAGUAUUGUGCCAAAGCCUCAGUGACAUAUGGAAAAGCACCACAUGAUAUUUUUGAGUUUGCUGAAAAGGCAGUUAAAGAAUUGUGGCCAGAUGUUGACCUCCCUCUGGAGAGGCAGUGAGGAAAAAUCUUCAGACGCAAAAUUAUCAUUGAGUUUUCCCAUUGAGUUUGAGCAUUUACAGCCUGAUUUUCUGGAUGUUUUUUCUUUUUCCUACUGCAUUUUGUUUGGCCCCCACUUCCUGCUAUGACCUGGUGGGUAUUGAUUUGUGUAGAUAAAUCCUUUGAGAGCCCACAUGUAAGACUGACAUAAGGUGAGCUUUUAUGAGGUUGUCCCUGAAACGAUCCUGGGCUGACGGUGACGGCUGUCCUCUGUCAAUUAGUGGUGCCGUUGUGUGGACACGGUGGCUGGAACAGUAUGGGACAAACAAAUGCUGAAGGUUCUGUGACGCCUCUAGAUGGUUUUUGAUAUGAAGAUAUGGCUGAUAAAAAUCGUGCUCUCUGGGAUAAUUGUGUGCACGUGAAGAUAAAAGAGUAUAAUUUCCCUCCUAACGGUAGUCAGUGAAAAUUUUGAAUGUCUUGAACGAAGAUGAUUAUGCAUGUGAAAUUAGUUUAAUAUCAUGUAACCUAUUAAAACCAUAUUAUAAAUUAUAAAA